UCAUAGUCUUUUCAGUCUCACCCUAGGUGAUAAACCUAUACUUGCACAUCAAGUCACCUUUUUCUUACUGUUUAUUCAUUUAUCUGUUUUACCCCUCACCUAUUUGAUCCAGAGCUUUCACCUUUAAGGUUAAAUUGAUAAUUGAGCCUUCCUUCCAUCUGUAUUUUUUCUGUUGACACAUUAUUUGUCCCUUUUGUACUAAUUGUACUUUGAUUUUGUUGCUUCUACUGCUCUUUCAGAUUGAAGAUGAACGUUGAAGGUUGGAGUUAAAAAGAUUUCAUUUGAGACAUAAUUUGCUGGUCAGACUCUAUUUGUUGAUGGCAGCAAUUAGGUUUUCAAUUUUGACAAGAACCCUCAGUUCCUCUUUAAGAUUAGCUAAUCAGAUUGAUGUCAGACCUUCAUUCGCUUGUGUAAAUAGUAACCACUACGCUAGAGAACCCGCUUAUUCCAAAAGUUAUGCUGCCCCCAAAUGUUUCGAUAUGAGGGGUAUACACUCUGCUUGUGGGCCCAGUCAGGUUACUCCAUACAUUAGUGGGCUAUUUGAUAAUAAAAGUUUGAGGGGAAGUAUCUCAAUUGUUGGGACUAGCCCCGUAUGGAAUAGUCGAUGGUAUUCAUCAUCUGUUAAUAGUAAAGGAGAUAUUCUUAAGGGUUCAGAUGUUUCAGCUGGUGCAACUGGGUCUGAUAUGGAUACAAGUGGUGUCGGUGGAAGUGAAUGGAUCGGUAAGGUUAAGGAAGCUUGGCAAACAACCAUAGAUGCUGUGACUUAUACCGGGGAAAAGGCGAAAGAGGCAUCUUCUGAAAUGACUCCUUAUGUUGAACAAGUGCUUGAUGCACACCCUUAUUUGAGAGAUGUAAUUGUUCCGGUUGGUGGCACUUUAAUUGGUACCUUGAUGGCUUGGAUCGUGAUGCCAAGGCUUUUGAGGAGAUUUCACAAGUACUCAAUGCAAGGCCCAGCUGCUUUGCUGCCUGGAAGCUCAAUAUGGGGCCAGGUUCCUUAUGAGAAAAGUAUUUGGGGUGCUAUGGAGGACCCCGUUCGAUAUUUGAUCACCUUCAUGGCAUUUUCACAGAUCGCGGUGAUGGUGGCACCAAGCACUGUUGCAUCGCAAUACCUUCUUCAGACUUGGAGAGGUGCUGCUAUUCUUUCAUUUGUCUGGUUUCUACAGCGAUGGAAAACAAAUGUGAUCAGCAGAGCUUUGGUUGUCAAGAGCCUUGAAAAAGGUGACCGUGAUCGGUUGUUAACUUUGGACAGAAUCUCUUCCGUUGGCCUCUUCAUCCUUGGGCUAAUGACUUUAGCUGAAGUUUGUGGAGUAGCCGUACAAUCUAUUCUGACUGUUGGUGGAAUUGGAGGGGUGGCUACUGCUUUUGCUGCUAGAGACAUUCUUGGUAAUGUUCUCAGUGGACUCUCUGUACAGCUUUCACAACCUUUUUCAGUUGGCGACACAAUAAAAGCUGGAUCAGUGGAAGGUCAAGUGGUUGAAAUGGGGCUCACCACCACAUCAUUGUUGACUGCAGAAAAGUUUCCCGUUAUUGUCCCAAAUUCACUAUUUUCCAGCCAGGUGAUUGUGAAUAAAUCACGUGCUCUAUGGCGUGCCUUGGUUACUACAGUUCCUUUCCAAAUUGAAGACUUCGAUAAGAUUCUCCAGAUUUCAGAUGAUGUAAAAAACAUGCUCAGAUCUAAUCCAAGUGUUUUCUUGGAAAAAGAGGCACCAUACUGCUACUUGUCUAAAAUAGAAAAAACAUAUGCAGAGCUGACUCUUGGGUGCAACUUAAGAUAUGCGAGCAAAGACAAAUUGUUUUCAACACAGCAGGAUAUUCUUCUGCAAGCAGCCCGAAUAAUUAAGCAACAUGGGGGCAAACUGGCUGAUCCAUGGACUCAGUGAUUCGCUGGAUAGAAGAUGUCUUACCUUUGAGGGACCUGGAGGAAGGCUGGGGUUCGGUGCUUCGGUCGUGGAGGUGGAGAUUUGGUGCUAGUUCCAGUGGGAGUAUUGCUUGAAAUUGUUGAUUUUAUCAUAGGAUUUUACUGUUCAGCUAUUGUUAUGGCAGUACCUGAAUAUGGUAAAUACUAUUAUUGGCUAUGUUCUGUUGUAGGAUUUCGCUGUUGAACUUUGCCCGCAAUCACGAGCUUGAUGACGGCUUUUUAAGCUGAGAAAAAAUGUGGGCUUUCGUGUGGUAAAUGGAUGGCUGUCGCAUGUAAACUGAAGCCAUUCAACAAUAGUCUGACUCUAGUUUCUCGUUCAACAAAAAGAAAAAGGAGUGUGAUUCUUUUAUUCCUAAUAUUUUUCAUCUCUUUCUUUUUCUAUUUUCUCCGGAUCUACUUACUUUCUCGCUUAGAUGUUCUUUUGGCUGA